AUGAGUGACAUUUGGAAAUACAUCAAGGAGCACAUUUCAGAUGAGAAGAAUUAUAUGAUCAAAGGUGAAGAGUUAGAAAUGGGCACACCAAGUUUAAGAGAGAGAGAGAGAGAGGAGAUCGAUCUGACAAGAGUGAAGGAAGAUAAGGAAAGGAGUCUGGGGCCUGCUUGCCAGGAUCUAGCCAGUUCAGGACCAACAUGGCUGCAAGUCACAGAAUCACGAUCUUUGUCAGAAGUACCUGCCAAGUACUGUGAGAAACCCACAAGAGGCUGGAGGUUGGAAACAGAUUUCAGUGGCAGGAGGAGUCUGGGGCCUGCUUGCCAGGAUCUAGCCAGUUCAGGACCAACAUGGCUGCAAGUCACAGAAUCACGAUCUUUGUCAGAAGUACCUGCCAAGUACUGUGAGAAACCCACAAGAGGCUGGAGGUUGGAAACAGAUUUCAGGGAAAAUGGGAAGCUUCCCUUCAUGGCCAUGCUUCGGAACCUGUGCAACCUGCUGCGGGUUGGAAUCAGUGCCCGCCACCAUGAGCUCAUUCUGCAGAGACUCCAGCAUGCGAAGUCGGUGAUCCACAGUCGGCAGUUUCCAUUCAGAUUUCUUAAUGCCCAUGAUUCCAUUGAUGCCCUUGAGGCUCAACUCAGAAACCAAGCAUUGCCCUUUCCUUCUAAUACAACACUGAUGAGGCGGAUACUGACUAGAAAUGACAAGAACCGUCCCAGGCGGAGGUUUCUUUGCCACCUAAGCUGUCAGCAGCUUCGGACAGUAAUGAGGGUACCUGUGAUGUAUGAGAAGCUUAAGAGGGAGAAGCUGAGAGUACACAAGGCCAGGUAUGUAUGCACUGUCUGGGAGCCAAGGGUGGGCAAUUGGGGCUACCCUGGUACAGGCUGGAAGUCAUCUGGGAAGCCCAGCUCUUUUUCUGUAAAGAUUUGCUUGUCAGUCAUCGCAAUGGCUCAGAACUGCCUGGUUUUUUGCACAGCACACCUUGUCUUUAACAUUGUCCGAAAGAGAGAUCAUGAAACGAAAUCUACUCCUGGACCUCCACUCUAUUAUCUGUGA